CAAACACAUUUUGUGUGAACGCUUUGAUAUGUCUUCAUAUCAAAACCCCUCUUCCCUCAUGGGACCCCAUGGGCCAGACAACCCUUCGGGAGGACAAGGCCCAAAGUCUCGACAUCCGAAUCCCAACAAGCGUAGACGGGAUGCGAUGAAAGCUGGAGGCCAGCCAGAAAACGAUUUCGAGCGUGAGUGGCUCCGAAUGCGUCAACGCAACGCUGUUACGGAUCGUUACGUGCCUAGGAGUUCUCGCUGGGAUGAGCGAAGUCGCCGCGGUCGCGAUCGCCACGUUCCCGUUUUCAUUACGAGAUUCGUGAAGAUUCCCGCAUGGACUCUUAUCGUAGCCGUGAUGAUGCGGGCAGACAUGAUUCCUAUAGGAGUCGAAGAAGUUCUCACAGGCAUUCGCGAAGACAUGAUCGCUCUAGAAGCCGGUCAAGGUCGGUUUCCCAUAGCUGUAGACCUUCGCGGAAAGAUAGGUCCUACAGGAGCCGAUCAAGGUCCAUUUCCCGGUGUUGCAAGCAUUCGCGGAAACGCGAUCGCUAUAGGAGCCGGUCAAGAUGCAUUUCACGUCGCAGGGAGUCGCGGAAACAUGAUUGCUGCAGAAGCCGGUCAAGGUCCAUUUCCCAAUGUUGCAAGCAUUCGCAGAAACACGAUCGCUGUAGAUGCCGGACAAGAUCUACGUCACAUCGCAGGGAGUCGCGGAGACACGAUCGUUACAGGAGCCGAUCAAGGCCGGAUUUCCGUUCUCAUAGGUACUCACGGAGAGACAGAUCCUAUAGGAGCCGGUCUAGGUCGAUUCCUCGUCGCAGGGAGUCGCGCAGACAAGAUAGUUACAAGAGCCGGUCCAGGUCAAGCUCUCGUUCCCUCAGACAUUCGUGGAAGCACGAUCGCCGCAUGAGCUCAUCGAGGCCUAAUUCCUCUGUUGAUAGGAGAUCGUGCAGAGGCGGCGGCUCCUGGAGUCGGUCAGAUCCAAAAGGGAGAGUUCGUGGGGC